AUGCAGUGCCGGUUGCCAAAUCGUGAAAACAAACCGAUUUAUUCGGCCGUUUUCCGCUCCACCACCCAGCAACAGCCAUUUGUGCUCAAUCCGGACAGUAUUUUUCCAGUAUUGCCCGGAAUGCGCAAGUGUAGACAAGCAAAAGUUUCCUUUUCGCAGGAUCUUUUGCCUCUCUUCCAUCUCGAGCAGAAGCAAGUGAUGACGCGGUUGGAUGGUCAAUCCUGUCGUUGGACGAGCGCGAAUCUUGCUGGACCAUACAGAAACCUGGUUGGCGCUGUCCUCGAGACGGACUCCUUCGGUUUCGAUGGAGAUUUAGCCGGUUUUCGUUCGACAAAGUACCCUCAUACAAAUUGUCCGAGCCAAUCUGUCAGGACAACCUACCUUAUCUCCACGUGCAGUAGAUGUCCUCUUUUUUCCUUAGCAUUUUCGUCGAAUGACAUAAUCAUUUUGACGCUUUCCUACCAAAAUGGUCAUUAA